UGUUUGUUUUGUUUGUAUCAUACGAUCCUCCUGGCAGUGAACAUGUCAGCAUAUGAUAAUGUGGUUGUUGGGAAGCUGAAGCUCAAGGGAAAGGCUCUCGAUGUUAAGGCUGGCGGUAUGAAGAAAAAGAAGAAACAUAAGAAGCUUCUUCAAGAUCAAAACUCUGUAAUCAAACAAGAUGAUCUUUCAACUGCUGGUGGUGGAAGUGGCAUUCUUGAGGAGGAUGAAAUCAAUGAUAGCGAUGGCAGCAACAACAACAACAACAACAAAUCGAGUGAAGAAGGAAAGAGUGGCAGUUCUUAUGAUCAGAAUAUGCCAGCUGCUGAGAAAAGAUACAUAGAACAAAGAGAGAGAAUCGAUAACCAGAGAUUGGCGAAGACUGCUAACAAAUCUCAUCGUGAUAGCAUUCAGGAUUUCAAUCAGUAUCUUGCUAACAUGAGUGAGCAAAGCAUUAUGACAUCCCUAAAGUUGGUCUAGGUUAAUCAACCCAAG